AUGAAUGAAUACCGGUUGAAGCCUAUGACUUUGGAAGCCUAUUCCAAGGCCCUGAAGAAGGACUUUGGGCAAAGAAGACUUCUGAAGGCUGCCUUGGAAGGUAGGGGGCUAAAUCGGCAAAAGCGGCCAGAGCGCCAGCCCUGCGAGGAGCCUCCAAAUGGGGGCGAGAGGCGUGGGCAGGCCCCGCCCGGAGCCCCGCGGCGGCCGCCCCGAGCCCUCCCCCCGCGGCCUGCCGGUCCCGGGGGCGACGGGGACAGCCCCAGCCGGGCAGCUGGAGCCGCCCCACGCGCGCCCCGCGGCCCCCGCUGCAGAGACGCCGCCGCCGCCGCAGCCGCCGCGCCGGGGCCGCUCGCCGAGUUGGCUGCGCGCGCCCGGGGAGCGCAGAGUUUGCAAAGUCGUCGCGAAGCUUCGGUGGAGGAAAGGGGGUGGGGGAGUGGGGGUGCGAGAGAGAAAAACCCGCCUCUUGCGAGUAGAGCGAGGAAGAGGGGGGGAGAGGCUCCGAGUUCCGCUUCCUGA